CUCAUCAUCAUUUUGACAAGGUUCUCGGUCCUGAAACUUCCCCGAAGCACAAGCCGAAAUGUCCAGUGGUUGGCAGAUGAACGUGCCACCGGUCAAGUUGGGGUCAAGGUGCUGGUUGUCCUUGAAAUUGCUCUGACUCCUUCUAUGAAUCAUCUAUUAUCAGUCUAUGAUACCUACUGUGGUCCGUUCGAAGAACGUGAAUUUCUUAAUUGAAGUUGCAUCUCGUACCGGCCCAGUAUUUUGCGUCUCCGUCACCGACACGACAACCAGCGUUCAAGAUGCAGCGAAUGCAACGGAAGGUGGGCGCUUUCAUGCCGCGGACAGCGGGCGACGCGCAAGUGAACAUUUUAAUUCAUGAGUUUGAAGAGGCGGAUCGUAUGCUUACUACUCUCAUCGAUGCAUCGAAAGCAUGGCGAGAUGCAUGGUCCGACAUCCUCAUGCGACAAUCGGCGAUUCUAGCAGAGCUGGAGGCCAUAUACAAACCCAUUGCCGCUCCAGACUGCUCCGGCCAAACUCACAUCCCCGCCGAAACGCUGGAGGAGCAGAUGGGGCGAACCUCGACCCUAAAGGAAACAUACGCCGAACUGCGGCAAGAGAUGGUGGAGGAGCUGCAGAUGGUGGAAACCAGAAUUGUCAACCCUGCCAGGGAAACGAAGGAAUCGAUCAAAUUCAUGAAGAAAGUCAUCAAAAACCGGGACAAUAAAAAGCUGGACUAUGAACGAUACAACAGCCGGUGUGAGUCUCUACGAAGCAAGACCAAGCGAUCGGAUCGAGAGAAUGUUUCAUUACAGAAAAAUGAGGUUGAUCUGGAACGAGCAUCCGCCGACUAUGAAGUCGCCGAUGACAGGCUCAAGAGUAGCCUCCCUGGGGUCGUCCAUGGGGCGUUCUCGAUGCUUCCACACCUUCUCAAUGCUCAAAUACUGGUCCAAAAUGCGCUUCUAGGCCACCUUUACACCUCGCUCCACAACUUCUGUCAAGAUUAUGGAUUCGAGUCUCCACCCCCAGAGGUGGAAGUGAUCCUCCGGGCAUUCCAUAGUGCAUUCACGCCGAUAUGCAGGGAAAUCGAAUCCAAUCUAAUGAUGAUCGCUCACGGAAAAUCGGUUCAGACAGGAAAGUCCAGGUCACAUGAGAAUGAAAGGGGAAAAGGUGGCUUCAACAUUCGGAAUGGCUUCUCGCGAAAGCCCAGUGACCAGCCUGCACAACCGUCGCCGCCAUUGAGCAAGGUGAGCUCCUACGGCUCGCAGUCCGCUCCAUCGGAACCUGGACCGAAACCAAAGAUCCCCUCCUUAUCGAGACAGGCAUCCAGCAACCUCCUUUCACCGACGACUAGCCACCAAUCGCACGCGUCCACGGGCACAUCUCCUUCCACACCGUCCACGCUGGAGCAGCUGGGAUCGUAUGGCAACUAUUACGGCCGCGUCCCGUCCGCUGCGCCCAUCAACCGCAUUCCUUCGGCCUCUUCCGUAGGCUAUUUCCCACCUACCACCCCCGGAGCCACGACGUCGGCCGCCGCCGCCAUUGCUGCGGCGAAGAAGAAGCCCCCACCACCCCCGCCGAAGAAGAAACCGAAUUUACAGCAACCGGCGGACUAUGUGGUCGCGCUGUAUGAUUUCGACGGUGAUGGGAAUGAGGACUUGAGCUUCCGCGAAGGGGAUAGGAUCCGGGUUUUGAAGAGGACGAAGAGCAAUAUUGAUUGGUGGGAAGGAGAGCUAGGAGGCGUGAGAGGGAGUUUUCCGGCCAAUUACUGCAAGUAACGUGGAAAUGAUACGCUGCUAACGCCUCGACUGCAGCACAGUCCUCGAUGUUUAUGAAUGGCGGUUUAGGAUAUAAUGUUUGGUGUAUUCAAAUCUAGGAUACGUUGUUUGAGAGGGGGAAAUAGUAU